CUAGAAAACUACUAUGGUCUUGAAAAAGAUGUGAAGCAGUUUAUUAAGAAAAAGGACAGUAGCCCGGUUGUCAAAAAAAUUCAAGAAAUGCAGAAGUUCCUUGGGCUGAAGAUGACAGGGAAGCUGGACUCGAACACUAUGGAGCUGAUGCACAAGCCCCGGUGUGGUGUUCCCGACGUUGGUGGCUUCAGUACCUUUCCAGGUUCACCCAAAUGGAGGAAAAACCACAUCUCCUACAGGAUUGUGAAUUAUACACCGGAUUUACCAAGAGAGAGUGUGGAUUCUGCCAUUGAGAGAGCUUUGAAGGUCUGGGAGGAGGUGACCCCACUCACAUUCUCCAGGAUCUCUGAAGGAGAGGCUGACAUAAUGAUCUCCUUUGCAGUUGAAGAACAUGGAGACUUUAUCCCUUUUGAUGGGCCUGGAAUGGUCUUGGCUCAUGCCUAUGCCCCUGGACCAGGGAUUAAUGGAGAUGCUCACUUUGAUGAUGAUGAACGAUGGACAGAUGAUGUCACAGGUACCAACCUAUUCCUGGUUGCUGCUCAUGAACUUGGCCACUCCCUGGGUCUCUUUCACUCAGCCAAUGCUGAAGCUUUGAUGUACCCAGUCUACAAGUCCUCCACAGACCUGGCCCGUUUCCAUCUCUCUCAAGAUGAUGUAGAUGGUAUUCAAUCCCUCUAUGGACCUCCCACAGAAUCCCCUGAUGUCCUCGUGGUACCCACCAAAUCUAACUCUCUGGACCCUGAGACCUUACCAAUGUGCAGCUCUGCUUUGUCCUUCGAUGCAGUCAGCACCCUGCGGGGAGAAGUCUUGUUCUUUAAAGACAGGCACUUUUGGCGAAAAUCUCUCAGGACCCCUGAGCCUGGCUUUUAUUUGAUCUCUUCAUUUUGGCCGUCUCUUCCGUCCAACAUGGAUGCUGCAUAUGAAGUUACUAACAGAGACACUGUUUUCAUUCUUAAAGGAAAUCAGGUCUGGGCUAUCCGAGGUCAUGAAGAGCUAGCAGGUUAUCCUAAAAGCAUCCACACUCUGGGCCUCCCUGAAACCGUCCAGAAGAUCGACGCAGCCAUUUCUUUAAAGGACCAAAAGAAGACGUACUUCUUUGUAGAGGACAAAUUCUGGAGAUUUGAUGAGAAGAAACAAUCCAUGGAUCCAGGAUUUCCCAGGAAAAUAGCUGAGAACUUUCCAGGCAUUGGCACAAAGGUGGAUGCUGUCUUUGAAGCAUUUGGGUUUCUUUACUUCUUUAGCGGAUCUUCACAGUUGGAGUUUGAUCCAAAUGCAAAGAAAGUGACCCACAUAUUGAAGAGCAACAGCUGGUUUAAUUGUUAAGAAGAUCCAUGGAAGGCGUCGUGUGUUUCAGCUGACCCUGAUAGCUCUUCCUCUGAGUCUUUUCAUGGAGGGCGUCGUGUGUUUCAGCUGACCCUGAUGGCUCUUCCUCUGAGACUUGGCACACUGAAGUGGUUUCCUUACUCUAGCAUGUGCUAUGGCAGAGCAAAAUGGGAGUUACGUAUGGCACCAAUCAACCUCAAGUUGUCGAAGGACAUUCAGAAGCACUGCUUGGCUUAUACUGUGUCAAAGGGAGAGGAGAAAAAACACUCCUGGGCUACAGACAAGUAACUGUCUCUGUGUAGAUGGUUUGUUUUAUUUAAUAAAAUGGUGUGUCGUUUAUUUAA